GGUUGGUGCGCCAGUGGAGGCACAGUGAGUCCUGCUGAUCCACUGGUGGUAUUUUACGCCAGUGAUCCAUCAACGGCGUAUAUUCAUCGCUAUCGCCGCAUAGCGGCUUCUCGUCCUGACGGUGAGUCAAGAUGCGGCGAUUGGUUGCAUUCACAAGCACACCAUGAUGAUCUAUUCGCUGUCUGGUGUGUUGAAGGUGGUCUUCAGGUCUGCCUUGUCGACCGGGCGGACUGUUUGAUUGAGCGACAGUGUGGAUGGGUAUGCAGCUAGCCGUCGACUCAUAACUGACAGGUCAGCACUAAUUGAUGCACACAACACAUGCACCAGAUGCCUGCCCAUCUCUUUGUGUGUGUGUGUGGUCCAUGGUGCAGCUGAGUGUGGGUGAGAGUGAUGUCGUCUGGUCGUCACGACACCGACAUGGCCUCCGCUGGCCCGGCGGACGGUGGCGAUGGCGACGAAGGUACACUCAAUUCAGACAAAUUGCAGCACAUCACACACACAGCAUCAUCGCCAAGCAUUACGCGUGUGGAUGUGUGUGUUCCUUUGCAGACGAUGUAGCCGAGGAGGAACAGCGUGACGGCAGCGCACAACCAGACGGACCAGAUCCCAGUGCUGUUGAUAGUGGUGAGUGACCAUCAUACCACACACACGAGCGAGCAGCACACUCCCCCGAUGGGUGCCUCACUAGGCUCUUUGUGCCUCUGUGCAGGUGGAGGUGUUGGCAGUAUUGGCGAGCGUAGAGGAGUUGGCUUUGGUCGGGCUGGUGUUGGCGGGCAGCAGGGCAGCGGGCAGAGCCGGAGUCAACAGAAUGGAGGUACACCGACCGACACACAAAUCAGUAUCGCCUUUCAUUGAUCAUCGUUGACAAUCUGUGCAGCCACAGGUCCGUCGCUACCUCCUCGCUGGAAGAGCUACGGGAACGGCAUCGACCUCGCCUUCCCUCCUGGCACCAGUGAAGCAAGCAGACGGCUGUUUGGCAUCAUAGAGCGCACCAUCACUGGCGAAGAGCAUAUGACGCAGCUCAUCCAGCAGCAGGGAGCCGACCCCAAUGUGAUGCAGGCGCUGCGGGCGGCGGGCACCACGGGCGGCUAUUUCGCCUUUCCUUUGCUGUCGCUGUGCAUCGACAACCUCACGGACAACAGCGUGCCUUCCCUCUGGGCAGCUAAUUGCGAGGAUGUUGAGACUAUGACUUCCGUCGCCUUGUCGACGUGGCGGACCCGCGACCUACAGCUCGCCGUCAUGCGCACCCUGAUCGAGAGCGGUGCCGAUAUCAACGCGGGCACAAAUACCACCUCUUUGCCCAUCCGCGUGGCCAUCGCCUCGUGCAACCCGGAGGCAUUCGACCUCCUGAUGGGCCAGCCAGGUGAACACCCAUUCACAGCAUUCACGACACGUAAACUCACAGCAUGAUGUUCGUCGGGACGUCUGUCUGCCUCUGUGUCUGUCCCAGGUAUCCAGCUGCGGGGGCGUCGGGUGCUGGCGCUGCCGCGCACAUUGCCGACGGACCAGCCGACUGAGGAAAGCGAGCGCACCCUGCUGUCCUUCUACCGGCAGCUCAUCCAGCGGGACACCACACUCGCAGCCGAGCGGGACCUGGAUGGCAAGAAUCCGAUGCAUUGGGCAGCCUGCAGACAUCCCGUCUGGUCCCAGCAGUUCAUCGAGAGCUACAUCGACCUGCUGGUGGCCAAUGGGGCGGACGUCACGGCCGUGGACAAACUGGGGUUGUCACCAUUGCAUUUCGCGGCCUUCAAUGGUUCCCGCUGUGUGGCUGCCUCUCUCUGCCGCCGCCUCGCCGCUGCCGACAUCAACAGAGGGCUCCCGAAUGACCGCACCAGCACACCCCUCACCGUCGCUGCCAUACGGCUCCAUUUGGACACCCAACAGCUGCAGGACGACACCACGGGGCGGGCCGAGAGGGACCGCCUCACCGUCCGGAUCCCCCACGUCAAGACCACCAUCCGUGUGCUCUUCCAGGCGGGCGCUGACAUCGCCCUCAUGCUCACAGCCACAGAGUGGCACCGCGGCGGUCGCCAGCUGGUGCUGCCCGAGUACGCGACAGUGCUCAACGACCUGCCGGAUGACGUCAUGGCUGCCAUCAACGCCGCCCUCGCCCCUCAGCGGUCGCUCGCAGCCUUGCUCGGCCCCCGGCUGGUCGUCGGCCCGCAGGAGGCCCCCAUCUUCGCCUGGCGCAUCGCAUCAUACCUCUUCGACAUGGAGGCCGCCAUCCAGACCAUCACUGACAAAUUCCCCUUCCGGCACUCCGCCAUGGCCCGGCGUGUGCGUGCGGCUGUCGAGCAUUCCGUCCGCUCGUCAGUGUACGAGGCCAGCAGCAACAGGGAGGUGGUGGGCGGGAUGGCCAAUGUGGGCGGCGAGAUGGUGCGGGUGCCGCUGCAGUGCUUCGCCAUCAAUGCGGGACAGCAGGGGGGCGGGCAGCACCAGCUGCUGGGUGUGCGUGAGGUGGUGCACAGGGCUCGGCUGGACGAGGCGGCCCAGCAUGGCGUGACGGGAGUUGUCAAGGGCUUCAACGAGCACUUGGGCAAUGACGACUGCCAGUUCCAGUGGCAGCAGCUGGGGUGCGUCGAGAGGGGCCGGGACGGCGGAGCGACCUUCAGACCGCUGCAGCUGACGUGAGAUGUGUGAGCGAGGCACGUAGCCACAUGGAUGGAUGGAUGGAUGGAUGAGGGUGAGGGGCAGGCAGACGGGCGGGCAGGUUUUGAUGUGCGCAUGACCAGGUUGGUGUCGCUGCCUCACUCGCUGCUUCUCCGGUGUGGGUGGACGGCCAAAUGGGAGGCAGGCAGGCCAGCAGAUGGACAGACAGGCACUGGUGAGUCGGUGCGAUUCAUUCUCAUGAUGUGUUCACCCAGUGGCACUCAUCUAGUCGGGUGUCACCGAUGUGAAUGCGAUGGUGGAUGGCUCACCUGCUGCCUCCCUGCCUCCCUGCCUAUGUGCCAGGUGCCUGGCUGCCUGGCUGCCGUGUGUGAAUAGCUACAGACGGGUGACUGACUAGCUCUGUGACCGUCGUGAUGUGUGGGUGGGUGCUGCUGGAUGGAUGGAUGUGUGUGUGUGUGUGUGGCGACUGACUGACAGACUGACUGACUGACUGAAUGACAUUGAAAGCGAUCGAUUGGUG